UGUUGUGCUGCAGCUCCCUGACUCUUCCCUGCAGAUGCAAUGGCAGUGAAAGAUUCCCCUCCCCCAGCUACUCAGCAGGGGAGCUGAGCGUUCUGACGUUUUGCCACGUCAACCCGGUGCUGGUGGGAUCUUGCUGUGUGCAGUUUGGCCACCAACUCACCCGCGUCCUGUUGCCAGGCAUGUCCUUGGCCGGAUGACGCCUCGGGGACCUGUCAGAGGGGAGUGUGCUGUUUCUGUACCAGAGGCAAGGAUUGUUAUCCAAGGUCAUUCAAGGACCCAAUCAUUCCGAUAUCCCAGUUGUCCAGCUGAGAACUCUGUCGGGAAUGUGAGUCAGUUCUGGAAGUUCGGAAAGGAAUGGAAAACGCUCGGUUUUGGAGGAAGUCUCUGUUGGAUAUCUUCAGUAAAGAGGAGAGCAUACUGUCUGUGGCCCGGACCACAGAUAACGUGGAGAACCAGGGGGAGCAACUCCGAUCCAGCAUCAGGGGUAGAAGUGGGAAGAGAUGUUCUGCGGUGCGAGGACAUUUUCCGAAACUGGCAGACUGUGCUCACUUCCACUACGAAUCCGUCGACUUCAGGACAGUGCAGCUGUCCCUUGCUGCACAACCGCCUGACACAGAGAGAAAUGAACUGGCCAUUAAAGACUUGCGAUUCCUCGUGAAGGUUGUCUGCCAGGGGAAGGAAUGGCUGGUCCGCAGGAGCUGGGAAGAUUUCCGGAUGUUAGACUCACACCUCCAUCAGUGCAUCUACGAUCGGCGGUUCUCGCAGCUGCCCGAACUGCCACCUCUCCAGGCCCAGAGUGACGACAUAGAGGACAUUACCUCAGAGUUGGUGGAUUACUUGGCCAGACUGAGUAACAUCGCUGACAACAAGAUCAACUGUGGGCCCGUCCUCACAUGGAUGGAGAUUGACAACAAAGGCAAUCGGCUGCUGGUGAAUGACGAGGCUUUCAUUAACGUUCCCGCCAUUGCUGCAGCUCAGGUUAUCAAACGGUACACUGCCCAGGCCAACGACGAGAUCUCCUUCGAGGUUGGAGAUAUUGUGUCUGUCAUCGACAUGCCCUCAAAGCAAGAAAGCACGUGGUGGAGAGGGAAAAGGAGUUUCCAGGUUGGAUAUUUUCCCAGUGAAUGUGUUCAGUUGAUCACUGAGCGAGCCCCUGCUUCAAACACCACUGCCACAGUGAAAACUGAUUCCGAGGCAGCUGGUGUCAGUCCAGGAACUCGGGGCCUGAGUGUCCCCACAGGUCAGGAACAGACCCUGGGACCAGGUUUGAAGAAGCAAGGGACCCUGAUGGGAUACCUCCUGGCCUUCAUGAAGUCUCGUCCUAGCCGACUGCGACUGAAACAGAGAGGGAUCCUCCGGGAGCGAGUCUUUGGGUGCGACCUGGGCGAACACCUCCUGAACUCUGGGUUGGACGUCCCCCAGGUGUUGAAAAGCUGUGCUGAGUUCAUCGAGCGCCAUGGGAUAGUGGACGGCAUCUACCGACUCUCUGGAGUCUCCUCGAACAUCCAGAAACUGCGCCACGAGUUUGAUUGCGGCCAUGUUCCGGACCUCACCAAGGACCCGUACCUACAGGACAUCCACUGCGUUGGCUCUCUGUGCAAACUUUACUUCCGCGAGCUUCCCAAUCCCCUGCUCACCUACCAGCUGUAUGACCAUUUCGCCGAGGCCGUGACAGUAGAGAGUGAGGAACAGCGACUCCUAAGGGUCCACGAUGUGAUUCAACAGCUGCCUCCCCCUAACUACAGGACGCUGCGCUUCCUGCUGAGGCACCUGUCGACGCUGGCCAAGCACUGCGCCUCCACCGGCAUGCACGGAAAGAACCUCGCCAUCGUCUGGGCCCCCAACCUGCUGCGCUCCCAGGGUAUUGAGGCAGUGGGAUUCACGGGGGCCGAUGCCUUCCGGGAGGUGCGGAUCCAGUCAAUCGUGGUUGAGUUCCUCCUCAGCCAUGUGGAUGUCCUCUUCAGUGAUGCUUUUACCUCCGCUGGCAAGGAAGUCCCAGCCUCAGUGAAUGGAGCACCCUCGUUUGCCCGCAAAGUUUCCUGCACCCCCAUGGAACGCCAGCGUCUCCUCACCCUGGAAGAGGCAAUGCUCAAGGCUCAGCAUGAUCGGAAUCCCAACUCGAACAGUCAAGUUAGCACGGAGGAGGAAGAGACAGAGGAGGUUUAAAAUUCCUUGGUGUGCAUCGGGAAGAAACAGAUGUUGACAUUUCGUGGGAGUUUACACCCUGUUGGCCCAGGGUCUGACUUAUAAAUGACAUUACUCCUUGGAGAAGGUUAAGGAAGAAACCUAGGUUGCCAGACCCCGGGCCGGACUGCAAACCUGCAAUUCCCUUUUGAAGAACUUCCAAUAAAUUAUCUUACUUUCUCAUUCAUAUUUUGCUCUCUUGGGAGUUGCUGCUCUGAUGCCAUCAUAUUGAUCAAGUGAUUGCCGAAGGUGAUUGGUGAGGCUAGAGCAGUGGACGUUGUCCAUGUGGGCUUCUGACUCAGCCACUCAUGAAGGACGCUUCUCAGACACCUUCCAGAAUCAGAAUGGGAAAUUUGUACAUAAAACAAAGGCAUAAAAAUGCCAUAAAUAACAAAGAUAAAUAAA